AUGGCAACGAGGAAGAAGGUUCUCCUCAAGGUCAUUAUCCUUGGAGACAGCGGGGUUGGCAAAACGAGCUUGAUGAACCAAUAUGUCAACAAGAAGUUUAGUGCAAGCUACAAGGCAACUAUCGGUGCCGAUUUCCUCACGCGAGAAGUCCUCGUCGACGACCGUCAAGUCACAAUGCAGCUCUGGGAUACUGCGGGACAGGAGCGAUUCCAGUCUCUAGGUGUUGCUUUCUACCGAGGCGCCGACUGCUGCGUGCUAGUCUACGACGUGAACAACUCCAAGAGCUUCGACGCCCUUGACAGCUGGAGAGACGAGUUCCUAAUUCAAGCUUCACCAAGAGACCCGGACAACUUCCCCUUUGUGGUCCUCGGUAACAAGAUUGACAUGGAAGAGAGCAAGCGUGUGAUCUCAACGAAGCGAGCGAUGACGUUUUGUCAGUCCAAGGGCGGCAUCCCCUACUUCGAGACGAGUGCGAAGGAAGCCAUCAACGUGGAGCAGGCUUUCGAAGUAAUCGCUCGAAAUGCCCUCGCCCAAGAGGAAUCUGAAGAAUUCAGCGGCGACUUCCAGGAUCCCAUCAACAUUCACAUCGACCCCGACCGAGACGGAUGCGCCUGCUAA